GUGACAAAUUUGCCCUCACAACUUUAACAGCUAAAUUCUUAAGAGUCCAUAAUAAUAUAAUAUAAUAUUAUUAGUUUAUUAUUAAUAUAAUAUUAUUAGUUUAUUAUGUGUUCAUCAAUCAUCAUCCUAAUUCGGGUAUCCAUUUCGCGAGUAUCCCGAUAAAUCUGCACCCAAUAAACUUCAAUUUCUCCCAAAAGCUAUUCAUAUCACUAGAUUGUUGAUCACGCAAUAGAUUGAAUUCACAAGGUCUCCUGAUUCAGUUUAGUUAUAACUUAUAACUCAAUGGCUGCUACUUCAGAAGCUCUCCUUCAAGUGUUAUGUAGCACAGGCCCUAGCAUAUCUCAUACGCGUUUAUGCCCUAACACGUCCAAGUUCUUGGUUUCGACUAACCAAGGUUUGCGUUUUAGGAGUGAAAAAGUAAAAAUUUCAAGGCAUAAAAGUUACAACGUGAUCUCUGCGUUUCAUCACGGACCAAUCGUUAGUGAUCGUUUUAUGUCUUUAACUUGUAAAUGCCGCAAGAUUGACAGUGUUAGUGAUGCGAUUAGUGAAAAGAACGAUCCGCUUCUUAAAGGCGAUAUAGCUACAAAUGGGAAUGGGACAUUUAGCAGUUCGUUGAAUAUAGGUGGUGUAAACUCCAUAGAGGAAGAAGCGUGGGAAUUAUUACGUGCGUCAAUGGUUUAUUAUUGCGGUAAUCCAGUUGGAACCAUUGCUGCUAAUGAUCCAAGUGAUUCCAGCAUUCUCAACUACGAUCAAGUUUUCAUUCGCGAUUUUAUACCAUCGGGGAUAGCGUUUCUUUUAAAAGGAGAGUAUGAUAUUGUUCGAAACUUUAUCUUACACACCCUUCAGUUGCAGAGUUGGGAGAAAACCAUGGAUUGUCAUAGUCCUGGUCAAGGGUUAAUGCCUGCAAGCUUCAAGGUGCGUACGGUUCCUCUUGAUGGUGAUGAUUCUGCAACCGAAGAUAUUUUGGACCCGGAUUUUGGUGAGGCAGCCAUUGGUCGUGUGGCACCCGUUGAUUCUGGAUUGUGGUGGAUUAUAUUGUUGCGAGCAUAUGGGAAAUGUACUGGGGACCUUUCAGUUCAAGAACGGGUUGACGUUCAAACCGGAAUUAAAAUGAUUCUUAAACUGUGUCUUGCCGAUGGCUUCGACAUGUUUCCAACUCUACUUGUGACCGAUGGUUCUUGCAUGAUCGAUAGACGUAUGGGAAUUCACGGACAUCCAUUAGAAAUUCAGGCACUCUUUUAUUCUGCGUUACUCUGUGCAAGGGAGAUGCUAAUCCGUGAGGAUGCAUCAGCGGACCUAAUUACCGCACUCAACAAUCGACUAGUUGCAUUAUCAUUUCACGUGAGAGAAUACUAUUGGAUUGAUAUGAGAAAACUCAAUGAAAUAUACCGUUACAAAACAGAGGAAUAUUCUUAUGAUGCAGUUAACAAAUUCAAUAUAUACCCGGAUCAAAUUCCACCAUGGUUAGUGGAAUGGAUGCCGAAUAAAGGCGGUUAUAUGAUCGGGAACUUGCAGCCAGCUCAUAUGGAUUUCCGGUUCUUUUCUCUUGGAAAUUUGUGGUCGAUUGUAAGCAGUCUUGCGACAAAUGAUCAAUCACAUGCUAUUUUGGAUCUUUAUGAAGCGAAAUGGGGGGAUCUGGUUGGUGAUAUGCCGUUGAAGAUUUGUUAUCCGGCUCUUGAAGGCCAAGAAUGGAGAAUUAUUACGGGAAGUGAUCCUAAAAACACGCCUUGGUCUUACCAUAAUGGCGGUUCAUGGCCAACUUUACUCUGGCAGCUGACGGUGGCAAGCAUAAAGAUGAAUAGGCCAGAAAUAGCCGAAAACGCAGUGAAGGUUGCUGAGAGGCGCAUAUCAAAGGACAAGUGGGCAGAAUAUUACGAUACGAAAAGAGGGCGAUUCAUCGGGAAACAAGCACGGCUUUUUCAAACAUGGUCAAUCGCGGGAUAUGUUGUUGCUAAACAACUGCUUGAUAAUCCAGAUGCUGCCAAGGUUCUAGUGAAUGUUGAGGAUACGGAGCUGGUUAACGCCUUUUCUUGCAUGAUUAGCGCUAAUCCAAGGAGAAAACGGUCACGCAAAGGGAUUAAUCAAACCUUUAUUAUAUAGGAGUUUUUGUUUGGUUAUGUUUCUUUAUCUUUUUGCAUACUAUUUUUGAGCUUUUUUAUGCAAAGUUAAUUUAUAUGAAGCUAUAGACAUAGUUGCCAAUUUUAAUCUUUGCAUCUUGUAUAUACUUAUGUAUAAUUGAUUUGGUGGGCUUCAAGGGGCCUAUUAGAGUAA